UCUCUAACUCGGAUCUCAACUCAGUCUCUCUCUCUCUCUCUCUCUGUAGCCGAUUCCCGCCCGUUAUAAAAAAAAAAUGGCGAGUCACGCGUGCCUCGCCAAGAUGCUGGCUAAAACCCACCUCCGCCUCCUCUCCCCGCCGGCCGGAGCUCCGAUCGUCGCCCCUCCGGUCCCGUCUCCGAUCCCUCGGCCCAGCCGCCGCCGCCCUCCGAACUUCUCCUUCUCCGCCUGCCCGCAGCUCAGGCCCUCUCCCCUCAUGGCCUCCUCCUCCGCCGCCGCCGCUGAACCGUCUUCCGGCGACCGCGCCCUGGCCGUCGAGCCGGGCCCCGAGGAGGACGAGCUCGGCCGGCUCGCCGAGGUAGCCGGUCGGGCCGCGGACGCCGCCGGGGAGGUGAUCCGGAAGUAUUUCCGGAAGAAGUUCGAGAUUCUCGAUAAGGAGGACCUGAGUCCGGUGACGAUCGCCGAUCAAGCGGCUGAAGAGGCCAUGGUAGCGAUUAUACUGGGGAGCUUCCCUGCUCAUGCAAUUUAUGGAGAGGAGAAGGGAUGGAGGUGCAAGGAGAGGUCUGCAGAUUAUGUCUGGGUUCUGGAUCCUAUAGAUGGGACGAAGAGCUUUAUAACUGGAAAGCCUUUAUUCGGUACUCUGAUUGCUCUUCUUCACAAGGGUAAACCGAUUCUUGGCAUAAUCGAUCAACCAGUUCUAAAGGAAAGAUGGGUUGGGAUAACGGGAAAGAGAACUACACUAAAUGGAGAAGAACUGUCGACACGUGCGUGCACAAAAAUAUCCCAGGCAUAUCUAUACACAACAAGUCCACAUCUCUUUAAGAAAGAUGCUGAAGAGGCAUUUGCUCGUGUUAGAAGUAAGGUAAAAGUGCCAUUAUAUGGCUGUGAUUGCUAUGCAUAUGCUCUUUUGGCUUCUGGCUUCGUGGAUCUUGUCAUUGAGUCUGGUCUAAAGCCAUACGAUUUUCUCGCUCUGAUACCUGUGAUUGAAGGAGCUGGGGGUAUCAUAACUGAUUGGAAAGGCCACCAACUUUAUUGGGAACCUUCACCGGAUUCACAUGCGCAAGCUUUUAAUGUUGUGGCGGCAGGAGACAAAGAAGUUCACCAGCAAGCUCUUGAUUUAUUACAGUGGCAGUGUUAGCAGGUUAGUGAAAGGUGAUUUAGAAAAACUGCAUUGUGCCGAUACCUGGGAUUUACGUGCCAUUGCCAUAAUGCUAAAAGAUAGCUGUUG